GUUUGCGUCGGCAGUAUGCUUGCAAUCCUCUUCUUCGGGCUCGGACUCCUCCCGCUGGGUCUCGUCAUGACGUUUUACGGCUUUGGUCGACGUCGCUUGACCGGUCGUAUCUCGGCCUUUCUUCUGAGCUUCCUCUGGCUCCUCGUACUCGCCAGACUCGUUAUCGCCGACACGACGACCGUUCACGUGGCGCUGGCUUGCCUGCUGUCACUGUGUCCCACGCUCGUCGCCGUCGCCAGCUCCUCGUUUGGCGACGCGUGCACGGUCGCGCUAUCUGCGUUUCUCGCUCUCUUGACGCCGCUUUCGCUGACCUCUCUCCCGAUCGCGCUCAUCGGUGGCUCGAUCGGCGGACUUGUUCUCGGCUACUGGGGCCGCCAGCGACAAAGCGCAGUUCUUAUCGCGUCGGCCUUCUCGGGGGCGUACCUCGUCUCGAUCUUUGUCGGGCUUGUCUACUUGGUCGGACUCGUCACCGCCACCAAUGGCGAACGUCGAGCACGCACCGGUGACGACGAGGCGACGAAGGUUCUAGUCGCAACGACCGUCUCGCUCGGCCUCGUGUUCGGAUGUGGUCUCUACGUCCAGUGGCAAGGCAUGACCACCGGCUUGGACCUUGCGCGGCGCGAUGCGUCAGCGACCGAACUCGAGACUCCAUUGGAGAUUGUAUGA